AUGCUCCGCUCUCCCGUCCUGCCGCUGCUGAAAAAGAGGCGAAGGCCGCAAGAGCCGAACCUCCACGUUCAACAUGAGGUCAAGUUCAGGGAGGUGACCGUAUACCUGGUGGAGAGGAAAAUGGGAUCCAGCCGGAGAGCAUUCCUCACCAACCUGGCCAGAGCCAAGGGCUUCCGAGUACAGCAGGACCUCAGCAAUGAAAUCACCCAUGUUGUGGCAGAGCACAACCCUGCCCAAGAGCUGUGGGCGUGGCUCCGGGGGUGUGGCCUGCGGGAUCUGCACACGAAACAAAUCCUUAACAUCACCUGGUUCACCGAGAGCAUGGGGGCAGGAAGGCCCGUCGCCGUGGAAACCAGACAUCGCAUCCAGGAGUGUAGCCAGGAGAAGGAAGAGCGUCCGGAACCAAGCUCACCGCGGAGAGUGUCCCAGUACGCCUGCCAACGAAGAACGACAAUCACGAACCACAACAAGAUCUUCACGGACGCCUUUGAGGUUCUGGUCGAACAAGCCGAGUUCAACGAGAACGAGGGCCGGUGCCUGGCCUUCAUGCGGGCCACGUCGGUGCUGAAAAGCCUGUCAGGUGCCGUGCGCUGCCUCGGGGACCUGGAGGGCCUCCCGUGCCUCGGAGACCAAACCAAAGCUGUCAUGGAGGACAUCCUGGAGUGCGGCAAAUCCUCCAAAGUCCAGGAGAUACUGAGCGACGAAAAAUACCGGGCGCUAAAGCUGUUCACAAGCGUUUUCGGAGUCGGGCGCAAAACGGCCGAGAAGUGGUACCGUAAGGGACACCGCACGUUCGACGAAGUCCACGCCGACGACACCAUCGGUCUGAACAGAAUGCAGAAAGCAGGGUUUCUGUACUACAGCGACAUAUUGAAAGGGCUCAGCCGAGCGGAGGCCGAUGCGCUUGGUCGCAUCGUUGAGAACACGGUGCGCAAGAUUGUGCCCGAUGCCAUCGUAGCUCUCACCGGGGGCUUCCGCAGAGGUAAGGAGUGUGGACACGAUGUGGACUUCAUCAUCACCACCCCGGCGCUGGGGGAACACGAGGGCCUCCUGGGUCGCGUUGUAAACAAAUUCCAGUAUCAAGGCAUCCUGCUCUACCAUGAGCACCAGGAGUCCACCUUUGAUUUGACGAAGCUGCCCAGCCGGAGGUUUGAGGCCAUGGAUCACUAUGAAAAGUGCUUCCUGGUCCUGAAGCUCAAGAGGGGCCUGGUGGAAAUGGACUCACAGAUGGACGAUGCUGCCCAAAGACAGUGGAGGGCGGUACGUGUGGACCUGGUGGUUCCACCUAUCACUCACUUUGCCUUUGCCCUUCUGGGCUGGACUGGCUCCAGGCAGUUUGAGCGAGACUUGAGAAGAUUUGCCCAGCAUGAACGGAAAAUGCUGCUUGACAACCACGCUCUGUACGAUAAGACCAAGAAAGUCUUCCUGUCGGCAAAGACUGAAGAGGAAAUAUUUGCUCAACUGGGUCUUGAAUACAUUCCACCCUGGGAAAGAAAUGCGUAA